UGAGACUGCAAGCGUGCUAUUAACAUCGAACAUGAUAUUUUUUACAUGUGUGAACGAUCGACAUUGAAUUCAACUUGUGUACAUCUUGUUGAAGAUGUCUAUUCGGAAACUUUGCACGAACAGAUUUAUUAACCCGUUGGAUAAAACGUUUUGUAGAUAUUAUUCUGAAAGAAAGCUGACAAAUGCUGAAAUAAGGAAGAAAAGAAAUGCACUGUUUGAGGAAGAAAAGGCUCGUCAGCUAUCGCUGGUGACGCGGAUUGAGAAGAUAGAGGUCAAAUACGGAGGCCAUCCCGAACCAUGCACACUCGUCAUGAACAAAGGAUUGUCAACUCCUUACCACUGCACCAUGCACAUGCAGGAACUGUUAAUGGAGCGUUCUGUGGUGGCGAAAGUCAACGGCAAACUGUGGGAUAUGCAUCGCCCCCUGGAGGAAGAUUGUACAUUAGAACUCUUACACUUCUUGGAAGAGGCUCCUUUUGAUAGCAAUGACACAUUUUGGCGGUCCAUGUCGUUUGUCUUGGGACAUAUUUUAGAGACGGGGUUCAAAGACAGUAUCAUGGUGGACCUGUGUUCAUUUCCUCGUCCCAAUGUUAGAAGCGGAAGUUUUGUAUAUGAUGCUAAUCUCGGCACGGCUACCACAGACUACACUAUAAACGAGAGUGUACUAAGAGGCUUGAGUGCUAUCGGAUAUCGACUGGGUUCACAAAACCUUCCACUGGAACCUCUCUACAUCGACAUAUCAAUAGCAGAGAAGAUGUUUGAGGAUAACAAAUAUAAGUUUCAACAGCUCAAGAGUGUGGCAUCACGGUCUGUAAGCAAAUCAAAAGUGAAAGUGUACCGCAUGGGCGACCACAUCGACAUGAGUAGUGGACCACUGAUGGCAUCGUCUUCACACAUCGGUGCAUACAGGGUCACAGGGAUUCACCCCAUCGCCAGUGGUUACGGGCAAUUGCACAGAGUCCAGGGAUUGGCCAUACCAAAAGUUCUGAAGCUGCAUUACUGGGCUGUUGACCAACUUACUGAACGAGCUUCAAAAUUGAAUGUUCAGGCAGCCCUUCCAUACAUUCGUAAAAAUAAAGUCGUAACUGAAGCGAUAGCCAAGGAAUAGAAUGUGUAUUUGUGACAUUUGUUGUUAAUUUGAAUUAGCAAGUUUAUUAAACUGACAUAUAUGUAAAUGGAAAAA